GUGGACUGACUCUGAUGGUUUGUUGAUGUUGGACUUGGACAAGUUCAAGCAUCAAAACUAUAUCGAAUUUGUUUUAACUGUAAACCACAAGACUGUCGCUUCAUUGGCGGCCUGGGGGACUAAAGAGGAAAACAGGACUUGCGGAUAAAGAAGAAAACAUCGGCCAAGGCGUACUGCUCAGCGUCAUGGUUGACAGCCACCACCCACACCGGGAGAAGAGAGGAGAAAUUGAAAAUUAGGAAUAUUGAUACUUAACCUGUGUUUGACUGCCCACGUCGAGCCUCUCUUUUAGAAAAAAAGAAAAAAACAUCAACCAUAGGUAUUUUAUCAAAGUAUUCUCACUAGAGGAAGCAGCGACACCAUGACUCUCUGACUUGCCUCUUUGACUUUUUACUUUUGAUUUUCGGUUUGGCCUCAUGCGACACCCGGAAACAACAGUUUUGCUUGGCAUUUAAAACACCUUUUUUUCCCCCGGGGAUUUACGUUCCAGGCUAGGAUCCAUAAUCGUGGUGGAUACUCUGUUAUUUUACAAUUUGUAUUCAUUUGUAACUUUCAGCAGCAGCUCUGCCUCGUCGUCCGUCCGUCUUUGCUUCUACAGCACCAGAGUAACGUCAAAAACAAAACAAACAAAAAAAAAACAUUCCAUCCGUGUGCACUUGGCCUCAGAGGGAAGGAAAUGGCUUCUCGACAGUCUCUCACAGAGGAGAAUCUCCUCUGUCCUGUCUGCUGUGACGUUUUUCAAAAUCCUGUCGUCCUGUCUUGCAGCCACAGCUUCUGCCAAGCCUGUCUGCAGAGAUGGUGGGCCUCCAAACGAAUCCGCCAGUGUCCUUUUUGUAAGACUGUGUCCUCAAGCCGUACACCUCCUGUCAACCUGGUGCUGAAGAACCUGUGUGAGGCUUUUUUACUGGAGAGGGAUCAGGGAGCUUUAGCUAGGUCGGAGCUCCUCUGCAGCCUGCACACUGAGAGAUUCAAGCUCUUCUGCCUGGACCAUCAGCAGCCGGUGUGUGUCGUCUGUCGAGAUUCGAGAGUGCACACUGGCCACAACUUCAGACCCAUCGAUGAAGCCGCUCAGGAUCACAGGCAGGAACUUCGGGAAUCACUGAAGCCCUUACAGGACAAACUGAGGGUCCUUCAUCAAGUUAAGAUAAAGUUUGGUCAAACAGUAGUGCACCUGAGGAACCAGGCCCUGUGCACACACAAGCAGAUAGAGGUGGAGUUUAAGAAGCUUCACCUGUUUUUACAAGCGGAAGAGGAGGCCAGGAAGGCUGCACUGAGGGCAGAAAUGAAGCAGAAAGGUGGGAUGAUACAGAGGCAGAUUGAGGGGCUGAACACAGAGAUUGCAGCCCUUUCAGAUCGAAUCCAGGCCAUAGAGACGGAGAUGAGAGCUGAAGACGUCUCGUUCCUGCAGAACUACAAGACUACAGUGGCCAGAGUCCAGCGCCCCCUGCCGGAUGAGCCACGGCUGUCCUCGGGGUCUCUGAUAGACCAGGCCAAACACCUGGGCAACCUGAGCUUCUCCGUCUGGGACAAGAUGAAGGAGGUGGUCUCUUACACUCCUGUGAUUCUUGACCCCAACACUGCCUUUCCAGAACUCAUCCUGUCAGAGGAUCUGACCAGCGUGCGAUGGGGAAACAGACAGAAUCAUCCCGAAAACCCAGAGAGAUUGGGCAACUACAGCUGUGUCCUGGGCUCUGAAGGAUUUGACUCAGGGACUCACAGCUGGGAUGUUGCUGUUGGGAACAACACAUACUGGGUAGUGGGUGUGAUAGCAGACUCUUCCCAGAGGAGGAGAGACGUAGAUUCUGGAUUAUGGAGAAUAGGGUAUUUCAAUAAUGAAUACAGAUCAGACUCCCUGUCAAAUCCAGUCACUCCUCUCCGAGUGAGGACCAAGAUCCACAGGAUCAGAGUUCAUCUGGACUGGGACAAAGGAAGGCUGUCAUUCUCUAACGCUGAAACUAACGAACGCAUACACACCUUCACACACACCUUCACUGACAAGCUUUUUCCAUACUUCAACACUUGGGACACAUGCCCUCUGCAAAUAUUACCUGUGGGCGUUGCAACAGUGCAACAGCAUGUGAAGACAGGAGGAAAAUGAUUACAAUAAUGUGUCAUGUUAAUGAGAAACUACUUGUGUUGCAGCACAUAUCAUGUGUCAGGUAAAAAUGAAACCAUGUAAAACUGAGAAAGAAUUACCACAUCCCAUGGAUCUCAGUAUUUUCAGAAAGCCAUGGGGUUUUUGCGGGACAGAUUAUAAAGUCUCUGAAAAACAUGAUUCACUGGUAAUUGGAUCCUAAGGGAUUUGAUGUUGUGUCACUACGUCAAGAGAGCAAUUCUGGUCUUUCUGCUUAGAUAUUUCACUGUGGAACAAAUAAUGUACAAUGACACAGCAUAAUGUGAUAUGAAUAUGUGCUUCUACUAACACCAAGCUUCCCUUGACAAUUUGAAAUUCUAGUGUCAGUUUUUUUCCCCUGUUACUUUAUGACCAGUACAAGAUUAGUGUUCAACAGCAGUUUGCAUUCACUGUUUGAAACAAGCAUAUGGCUACCUGUAGUUAGAUAGUUGGAACUUGCUGAAGCCAGAAACUGCAGAUGGCCCUUAAAAUGACAUGCAUCUCAAACAGAAUUUCUAUAUUCAUAUUCAUACUUAAUUUAUUCUGACAUACUUCUUGAUUACGGAGAAUAGCGGUACAACCGUGGCUUAAAGGUUAGAGAAGUGGGUUCCUGGUUGGAGGGUUGCCAGUUUCUAUCUUAUUUUAUUAUUUUUUUAAAGAACAGUAAAAAAAAAAAAACAAAAAAACUAGCCUGCUUGUCGUUAGAGUUAUAAGUAAAA